GGGAGCUUGCAGCCUUCCUCAGCUCAAACAUCCCAAGCCUGGACUUGGUUGCGACCCUGAUCGGCCUCGCUUCAGCGGUUAUCGACAAUGUUCCUCUGGUCGCCGCAACCAUGGGGAUGUACGGGUUAUCAGAGUUCCCAUCUGAUGAUCGUCUGUGGCACCUCAUCGCCUAUUGUGCUGGCACUGGUGGUUCCAUUCUCAUCAUUGGAUCAGCAGCAGGUGUUGCCUACAUGGGAAUGGAGAAGACAGACUUCUUUUGGUACCUAAGGAAGGUAUCAUUCCCAGCAUUGGCAGGAUAUGCUGCCGGGAUUGCAGUGUACAUUCUAAGUAAUCAGGGUCCUGUGUAUCUUGAAAAUGUGUUGGGCACAUUACCCCAACUCCCGCAAUUUCCAUUUUCGUAGCACGUCAAGGAUCAUUGAAGGAUGUGUUUUCGGCAAUUUUGCUAUUUGUCCAAUGUGAAGAAAUAUUGGAAGUCAAGACUUGGAAGAAAAUCUCAAAAGAUUGGUGGAGGUAAGGGGGGGGAAAAGGAGGUGGUGGAGGUAAGGGGGGAAAAAAGGAGGUGGUGGAGGUAAGGAGGAAAAAAAGGAGGUGGUGGAGGUAAGGGGGAAGAAAAAGGAGGGGGUGGAGGUAAGGGGGGGGGAAAGGAGGUGGUGGAGGUAAGGGGCUGAAAAAGGAGGUGGUGGAGUUCAGAGGAGGCAUAACGCGACUAAUAAGAGGAGUGAAUUUCCUCUUCCACGGUCGAUGAGGCCACUGCUGUGAAGUAAUACAGAGGGGAUGAAAAAGAUCAGCAAGCUCAGGUAAGAGUGGAAAGCGCAGAAAAAAAAAAAAAAAAAAAAAAGUGAGAGACUGCAGGGAACAACCUGCCUAGCUCAGUUGUUACACCCAUGAACUGUUGAAAUACAGAGUCAAGUUCAAAUCCAGAUACUAUCGGAUGAAACGAACGAAAUCAUUCUGAAUUGGCUGGGGUCGGUCACUUCAAUGAUGGUAUCUCAAGGAUGUCGGCCUUAUGAAAAAGAGGAUGGAAAAGGAACGAGAGCGAUGGUGGGGGAUUUAUUGUUCUAUGUUUGACUUGCGGGUCAACGGGAGACUGAUGUGUGUGGCGUCAUCCACGAGUAGAAAGCGUCUCCUUAUAAUUCAAGAGGAGAAAAAGUUGCAUGGACCCACCACUGGGCCCAGUUUGAACCCACUGGUGGGUAACUUGUUGGGACAAGCUGCCCCACUCCACUUAACACCCCAGGUGGAGAAGGGGUUGGGGGGGGGCGGGGGGCGCAGAAACCAGGAAUCGACAAAAAUGCCAGAGGGGCGGUGUGAAGGGAUAGGGGAUUUUCUCAGAGAGGGAUUGCCUCGAAAACAGGGGUGGACCUGUCUGCCAUAACUUGUCGGAGGUGGUAGAGGACAGUCACAUCUGGGGAUUCGGAUCGUCAAAAGGAGAGGACUGUCAUCGGUAAGCAUACUAAGCAUCAGCAGGAGAGGAGAGGACGAAAAAAUAACAGAGCUGGAGAGGCGAACACGGUGUACUCAGGCCACCUGAACCCACAAGUUGAGCUUAAUCUAACCCUACUUCAAUUAUCGCUGUGAAAGGAUCGUUAUUCUCCCUACAACGG